AAAAGAGAAGAGAAGACGAAGAAAAGAGGAAGAAACUCAGUCCAGUUUUGUUCUUGUACGUACAAAACGAGAAUUGUCCUGUUAGCCUGUGUAGCUGUCCUCUCCUUUCUGUUUCAAGUAAACACCACAACCAGGAUUGAAGGACCACGGGGAACAAAGUGAAGAUCGAGGAGAAAAGGAGAAGAAGAAGGAAGAGCGUUCGCAUGGAUGGAUCGUAUGAAUCUUCAAUGUGUAAUGGAAGUGACUGUAAUGAAAUGCAAUAUAAGGGAGUUCGGUAUGAUAAGUUGUCUACAGAAGAUCUUAAAGGGCAGGAGUUUAAUACUGUGGAGGAAGCUGAGUCCUUUUACAAUGCUUAUGCAAAGGCCAUGGGUUUUGAUGUUAGAAACGACUACAAGAGAUUAAGUAUACGCACAACAGGGAGAGUCACUUCAUUGCGAUUGGUUUGUUCUGCUCAAGGGAAAAGAAGAGAAGAGUACAUGAGUAACAAGAAAAGAGUUCGCAGGCCAAAGAAAGAAACAAGAUUCAGUUGUCCAUGCUUGUUCAAAGUAAGGUACCGUUCGAAUAUUAAUGCCUAUAUUGUUGAUGAUUUCAUAACGAACCACUCACAUCAGCUUGCACAAGCACAUGAGUCGCAUCUUCUUCGAUCACACAGAUCAGUUGAAGAUCAUCAUUUAGCACUGGCCACAUCUAUGCAGAGAGUGUCUGUUAAGCCUUGUCAUACAUAUGAAUACAUUGUUGAUAGAUCAGGAGGUUUUAAGAAUGUCGGGUUUAUUAUGAAGGACUUGUACAACAAGUUAGAUUCAAGACGCCGAGAAAUUUUACUUGAGGGUGAUGCAGAAGCUGCACUUGCAUAUAUGAGAGGCAAAGUUGCCACAGACUCGCAUUUCUACUGCAAGUUUAGCAUAGAUGAAGAUAACAGAUUGUUGCAGGUUUCAGUCAAAGAUUUGUGGCGCUGCUGGAACUUGAGAGCAGCGCUUGCUACUGGAACAUGGGAGAGCCAGGGGGCUGCUACCGGGAUUUUACAAACCAACAGCCGUCACCCGGAUUUUGAGGGCAAAAAUGGUGCCCAGGGAUAUCGCCGGGGCUCGACGACAAUACGGCAUCCCAAUGUACACCGUGUCUAA